AUGAAGCUUGAUAAUUUCUUAAUUGUUUCAAUCAUAAUUGCGAUAUUAUGGACACUUGUUAAAACUGUUCCAUUCCGAAAAUGUUUAGCUAAACACCCCGAAAAGGCAACUAAAAUAUUAAAUGAUGGGGCUGAAUCGUCUGUCAAUCCGCAAAAUCAAAAAUAUAAAGGAAUAUUAAAAUCUAAAUUAAAUAAUACAAACAAGGACUCAGUUAGAAACGAAGACAAACUCUUUAAAAAAUGUAAAUAUAAUAAGGAAUAUUAUCAGAAAAAUAAAGAAUAUUUUCAAAAUUACAAAAAACUAAACAAAGAAAAGAUAAAAGCGGAUAAGCACAAUUACUAUGAAAAGAAUAAGGAAGCUAAACUUUAUGCAAAAAGUGAAAGAAAUAAACUUUACUACGAAAAAAAUAGGGAAAGGAUUUUAGAAAGCAAAAAUAUAUAUAAUAAAAAUAACAAAGAAAAGGUGAAUGCAUACCAACGAAAAUACAGAUUAAAAAUGAAAAACGUUCAAUCUGAUAAUAAUGAAGGAACUUCGUCUGUUAAUCCACAGGCUGGUGAUUUUAUUAAUAAAGGUAAACUACCAAUUGUUUGCGAGAAAAGUUUUGAGGAAGGAAAUCUUUCGAAUCAGGGGGAUGAAGUAUGUAAUGCCGAUGAUGAGCAAAGUCGGAUCGAGGCUGAAGAGCCUAAUAAAAUUCCUGAAUAUGACGCAGUAGAUUUGAAUAAGGAAAUUCAUCCUUUUGAUCUUAACAAAAAACCUGUGGAUGAAGAAUGGGACGAUUAUUAA